CUGGGAACCCACACUUAGACUCAGAGCUGAAGGUUGAACUCCACCUCCAGGCAGAAUGAGGCUCAGCACAGCAGCCCUUCUUCUCCUACUGGCCAGCUGCCUCUCUCCAGGACACGGUAUUCUGGAGGCCCAUUACACAAACUUAAAAUGUAGGUGUUCCGGAGUGACCUCUCAGUUUAUCCAUUUAAACAUCAUAGAUCGGAUUGAAGUUACGCGCCCUGGGAAUGGCUGCCCAAAAACUGAAGUCGUAAUCUGGACCAAGAUGAAGAAAGCUAUAUGUGUGAAUCCACGGGCCAAAUGGUUACAAAACGUAUUCAGAUUUGCCCGAAGCAAAGGUCUGUCUUCAACUCCCCAAACUCCAGUGAGUAAGAGAAGAGCUUUCUGAAACCACUGUCACCUCAAAAGACAUCUGCACCUUUUUUUUAAUCCCUGCUCUGAAUUUUAGUUAUGUUCUUAGUUGAAGAAUUUCCAAGAAAAUAACUUCCCUCUACAAAUAAACAUGACUGUAAGGUAAACAACAAUCUCACAGAACCUGAGAGGGGACACUCGGGCUUCUUGAAAUACUAAGCUCACAUUCUUGUUCCUUAAGGAAGGAUAUUUGAGAACAGGCAUUUAGUGACAACCCACUUCAGAUGCAUUCGGUGAUAGAUCUGUUGUUUAAUGUUAAACUAUCCUAGAUUGUAGAGGAAUGAAAAUUUACAUGUUGAAUCUGAAUUUGUAGCUCGUACUAACAAAAGGUUUACAAGAUGGACUUCAGUUAUUUUGCACCCUUGCAAAAAGCAGGCUCCCAUAAUAGUCUCCAGAAGGUUCCUGGGAAGCUGAUGCAAUGCCAGCCCAAGGUGAUGCAGAGCAGGUCUCCUUUAGAGAAAAGCUUCAUGGCGGAAAUAGUCCUACUUUGAAAGGUUGCUUGUAUAAGAUUUAUUGUCUUGGAUUAAAACCAGUAACAUUGAAAGACUGUCAGCUUAAAGUUCCAGGCUCUUCAACAAUAUACAAAUAUAUUCCUUUGCACUGUGACCCUGAUGAUCUAUUUUUAUUCUUCACAUCUUUCACACAGACAAAAUACCAGUCUCUUGUAUCAAAUUCUUUAAUGUUUCCUAUUCAUCUAGUGUCAUUCAAUAAACUUUAUCAAAUAUUU